AUGUGACAUGUUUGUGUCUACUGUUUUUUUUUCCUUCAAAUUCUGUUGAAUUGAAUAAGAUGGUUUAAAGAAAUGUCAGAUUCUGAUCUGAAUUUUAUUUUAAAAAUCUGGUUAAGGUUAGAUACUGAUUUUGCGUUUGAUUUUACAUUUUAUAUUUAGCUUUUAAGGAAAUGAAAUAGGUUGUUAAGUUAGCUUGUUAUAAGAAAUGCCUGAUUCUGAUCUGAAUUUUAUUUUAAAAAUCUGGUUAAGGUUAGAUACUGAUUUUGCGUUUGAUUUUAUAUUUAGCUUUUAAGGAAGUGAAAUAGGUUGUUAAGUUAGCUUGUUAUAAGAAAUGCCUGAUUCUGAUCUGAAUUAUCUCUACUUUUCACAUUGGAGGCUUGUUCAUCCAAAAAUCCACUUUGCGUUGUAUUAAUGUGUCUUCUAUCUAGGAUUUCUAAUUAGACUUUUUGUUACAUGAUGUGUUUAAUGACUUAAUCACUGAGCCAUUAUCCCCAUGAAGUUUGAUAGGUGCAGAUUCUAGUAGUUAGUUGAGCAUCAAAAUUACUGGAGAUCUUGUCUGGAAAAAUCAAAAUUAAAGGAGACUGGAAUUCUUUGAAUAUCCUCCUUUUUGUUAUUGUUAUUCUUGCUUUUAUGGGCUGUGGUCAUUCGUCAAAGAGAGCUAGAUCCGUCCCUGGGUACGAAGACCCCAACACUCUGUCUUCUGAAACACCAUUUACCGUGAGUGAGGUAGAGGCUUUGUUUGAGCUUUUUAAAAAACUAAGUAGUUCCAUUAUCGAUGACGGGCUAAUUCACAAGGUAUUUGAUUCAUUUGAUGUUAAGCGAAAUGGGGUUAUUGAAUUUGGAGAAUUUGUUAGAUCAUUAAGCAUCUUUCACCCUAAUACUCCCGCAGAAGACAAAAUUGCAUUUGCAUUUAGAUUGUAUGAUCUAAGGCAGACCGGCUUCAUUGAGCGUGAAGAGUUAAAGGAGAUGGUUUUGGCUCUGUUGAAUGAAUCAGAUCUUGUCCUUUCAGAUGAUGUCGUUGAACAAAUUGUUCAUAAGACUUUUGUUGAUGCGGAUUCAAAUGGGGAUGGGAAAAUUGAUCCAAAUGAAUGGAAAGACUUUGUGGCAAAAAAUCCAUCUCUAAUAAAGAAUAUGACUCUUCCAUAUUUAAAGGACAUAACCUUGGCAUUUCCCAGCUUUGUGCUGAACUCUGAAGUCGAAGAUUCAGAUAUGGGACGUGGCCUAGGCACCUAAACUCAUGGUAUUAAACCGUUAUCCUGAGUAGAAACGACGAAUGUACUAAAAGUCAAAUGAAGAAACACUCUUGAGUAGAAACGACGAAUGUACUAAUCCAGAGUAGAAACGACGAAUGUACUAGAAGUCAAAUGAAGAAACACUACAACUCUGCGAAGGUAAUCAAACUGACGUUAUUGAUUGUAGAUAAGGUGUUUAACCUUUACAAAAGAAGUCUCAAAAUCAAAUUGUACGUAAGACAUGAAGAGGCAUAUAUAUAUGAUUUAGUUCUGUUACUCUACCUCUUUCAAUUUAUACAAAUUCCAGGUUUUACUGUACUGGUGGUUUCAUCCACUGAUUAUUUCGACCUAUAACAUGUGUAUUAACA